UGGGGAGGAGGAGGAGAAGGAGAAGGAAAAGGAAAAGGAAAAGGAAAAAAGGAAAAGGAAAGCCAUCUGUGGAGCAGAGCCAUGGCCGGGAUUAAAGCCCUUGUGGGUUUAUCCUUCAGCGGAGCCAUCGGCUUGACGUUCCUUAUGUUGGGAUGUGCCCUGGAAGAUUAUGGGGUGUACUGGCCGCUCUUCGUCCUGAUCUUCUACGCGCUGUCCCCCAUCCCGCACUUCAUCGCCACGCGAGCAAGCGACGACUCGGACUCCGGCAGCAACGCCUGUCGGGAGCUGGCCUAUUUCUUCACCACCGGGAUCGUGGUUUCCGCCUUCGGCUUUCCCGUCAUCCUGGCCCGGGUGGCCGUGAUCAAGUGGGGAGCCUGUGGUCUUGUCCUGUCAGGCAACGCGGUGAUUUUUCUCACCAUCUUGGGCUUUUUCCUCGUGUUUGGUCGAGGAGACGAUUUUAGCUGGGAACAGUGGUAGAGGUUGACGUCGUCGAGAUGCAUCGGAUCGAGUCCCUUCCUGUAUAUAGUCUUUGUAUGCAAAUAUGUAUAGAUGUGUACGUUUACAGCUGCUUCUGUAGCAUUUUAGUCUCAUAUUGAAUACACAUUUUUCUUUUUCUUUUUUUUUUUACACUUGUGUAGACAGCCACAGACUAACUACAAAAACUACUGUUUUUCACAACAGUACUAGUCAAGCCUUCUCAUUAUAAAAAGGGCGCAGUUAGCCGCUUGCCCGACACUCCUGUGGUGACUUCAGCUGUUUCCAGGAUGACAUCAGCCACGACAGCGGCUUCUGGCUGGAAGUAAACUGACGAAAAUCUCAAUUUUGCCGGGGCAGCCCUGGGCCGUUCUGGGGGAUUUGACAGAUGACCCCCAAAUGUGACAGCCCACCCAUCCACCUGGCCUCUCUCCCCAGCUGCUCAUCAUCUCUUUAAAGGCCCGGAUUUCCACACCGGGCCCGAAGAAUGCCCAAAUCCAUGCUCGGUCCAGAGCUUUCCCGGACCGGUGAUAAGGAUGUCCCAGGAGGCUGUUUGGCUUUAAUCUCGCACUUCCCCACCCGUCUGCUAACCCCGCUCCACUCUCCUCUCAUACAUGGAGGCAGAGGGGAGGCUCGCUCUUCCCUUCUCUUCAGCCCUAGUCAAAAUUAUCUGCUACCCUGCCUCUGCUUUCUGCACCUCCGUGACCUCUCACGGACCAGUGAGAGCCAGUUGAGUUGAGCACCAGGGGUAAAGAGUUCAGUUUUAUCUGCAAGCUUAUGCAUUUCAAGUCAGGAGGGCAUGGGCAUUUGGAGGGUUGAUCAGACCUCUGGUGCCACAGGUUCUAACACUCAACUGAUCUUUUGGCUGCAGAACUAUUCCACCCUGAGCGUGUGGUCGGGGGGGAGGAGUGGGGACCCUAUUGCUUUCGAGAGGAGUUUAAAGUGAUUGGUUUUUUUAAGCUUUUAUUACCGUGUACUACUAACUGACACUGCUUUGCCCUUGGAAAAACUCUUGGUCACGAAAUUCGCCUUUAAUGCAUGGAACGCACUCUCGUGUCAUCUCGAAACAGGAGAAAGGAGAACCCCCCCCGUUGAGUUUGGAAGGUCAUUUUUUAAAGAGUUUCUGAACGAUUCGGUAUUUUCCUGUUUUCUGUUUCUGAGUGUGUGCGGAUUUACUUAAAUAGCUCCCAUGUCUGUAUCCCAGUGAAUCAUAUGCAGAUGCUAUCUAAUUUUGAACAUCGCGCAUACAUAUUUUUAUUAUAUUUGAACUUUUAUAGUGUUAACCAAACUUUGACUAGGAAGGCAGGAGAAUUUGAUUACAGAGAAAAAGUAAUUUAUAGAGCCACUCCCUGGUACCUCCGUACCGAAAGGGCACGGGUAGACCAAGAUGUAACACACUUCGGCGGGUCUUUGUCAGCAACCCACCCUGCCAAGAAACGACGGUGGCCAUGGCCAUAUUUGAAAAGCCAACCGCGCGGGUUUCAAUCUGGCUGACAAACGGCGCUCGGUCGCCUUGAUUCUGGGAACAAACAACACCCUCGUGCUUAAAUGUCUGAAGGGAAUUAAUGCCUAACUCAUUAUCGAGUAAAUGCCCAGUCUUCUUGAAAAGCACCAGCUCUGUUUUCAUAUCCACCUUAUCAGGUCAGCCAGGGUGUUGGCGAGCCGUUCUAAACCCCUGGACGGGUAAAGGGAGUCCCAGAUUAACCAACAUCUGUAAAUUACGGACUCCCAAGUUCAACAGUCAGAAAUCCGUGGACCUGGUCUGCCACUCGGAAUUGUUUGUCGAUUCUGAAGUUCCCUAUUUCCACGUGUCAGAUUCGAUCCAGGGCCGGCUUAGUUUCGGUUCAGUGCUUUACUCCUCCAGGUACCGGGCGCUACGGUGUUUUUGCGAGAGGCCCAUUCUACCGGGACGUCUGGUGGAAUCAGCCAAAAAUGCCCAAAUGGAAUGUUUUUGGCCAGCUUUCCGAUGAGCGGUGGUGGAAAACCUCAGUUCCGACGAGCUGGUUUAAGAAACGGGCCCAGGGAAUUAGCCGCGAAACAGAAACUUGGCCAACAGAAAGUUCUCAGUUUGUGGUUCUCUGGCCGAACAAAAAAAUGUAGAGAGGAAGUUCAAGGGAUUGAAGCUAUUUCUGGGUAAAUCUGAGCAGCGCUGGGGUGGAGCCUCUCCCCCAGGGAGAAAUCUGUCAGAAGAUUUCACUCUUUGACUUGGAGGCCAGGUUUGUUUUUGUUGGGGAGAAGACAUCGAAGGUGAGGGCCCUAAAGAGUCGGGCACAUUCCUCACCUGCUACCAUUGUCAUCAGUGAUAUUCGUCGAAUGCUUUAUAUGUGCAGAGCACUGUACUAAGCGCUCAGGAGAGUACAACACAGCAGAGUUGGCAGACACGUUGCCAGCCCACAACAAGCUUGCAGUCCAGCCGAAAGGGGUAAUUGUGAAGCGAUCUGGCCGUCGAUGUGAACCACCUUCCGUCCAUCCCGGUGUCUCUGUCGGUCAUUCCUUUUACAUCCUCACGAAUAAAGCAAUGACCUGGACGGACGAUGACACGAAGAGUAGAGAGUCUGGCUAUGAAUUGGAUCGGAGGAGCGAACGUUGUUCUCUGGGGUGAUUCCCUCUGGUGUCGUGGACAUCUCUGCCCAUUACAGUGUCCCCCGCCUCCCCUUUCCAAUUUUGUGGUCUCUUCUUGUGGUUUUUUUUUAUUUCAGGGGAAGGAUGGUGUUUUUCUCUGCAGCUUAUGGGAAUAAAGGUUACAUUUUUUGUCGUUUGGAGCAUUUCUUCCUGUUCUCGUACAGAUAUUCCAAUGGGGCAGGGGACGUGGUGGGGAGAAGGGUGAUCAACCCCAGUGAUUUGGGAAGCCGCGUCCUUUACGCCUGAUUGUGCUCCCCUGAUUGGCCUUUGGAAGUAAUUUGUGUGUCUUAUCGGCAGAGCCCUUGCUUCCGAAUCCCUUUUUGCAUAUUUUUUUCCUGUGGAGACUGGGAGCAUCUCUCCAAAGUGCCUGUGCGCAAGAUUAUUGUCUCACUAACAUGGCCAAGGUCUAGAAUUCGAAACAGAAGUCUUGGUUCGAUAUAGUGCGGUCCAUACCAAAAAGUAUCAUCCGGGGAGGCUUUACUGGUGAUCUGUGUGUGUGCAUGAGUGGGUGUGGAGAGUAAAACGUAGAUGGUAGUGAACUCUGGACGUUUUAUAAACACUAUUUUAUGAAAUCGUGAAAUACUACGCUAUAUUUGUAAAUGAAAACAUGCUCAUUUUCCCUCUCAGUUAUUGUGUAAUAAAAUUCCUUCUGUCUGGUUUUU